AUGCAACGAGUACUCUUCGAGAUUUCAUUGAAUACUUCACUACAAGAUAUGGCUGUAUUUGCCGAACUCGAGCAUUAUACACAUUUUCGUGAAGAACGAGAGGUUUUGUUUGAUUUCAAUUCUCUUUUUAAUGUGACUCAUGUUGAAUACGAUCCAUUUGAUCAUAUUUGGAGUGUGAAAAUGAAUGCCAUUGCAAAAAGUUCGAUCAAGGAACAUCCUUAUCUUAGCACUAUACGAGAAAUGUUCGUCCAGAAUCAUUCGGCUACCGUUGCCUUUGGCAUCGCCAUGGCAUAUGGUUUUGAAAAAAAGCAGCAAGUAAUUCGUUAUUUUGAUCAGAUAUUACUGACUUUGCCGCCUUAUCAUGUUGAUCUGCCAGAUAUUUUGGAACAAAGAGCUAUUUUAUAUCAAGAAAAAGGUGAAAACAAAAUGGCUUUAAAUGAUUAUGAACGGGCUCUUGAAAUUCGUCGCCAACGUAUCCAGGAGACUCUAUUGCGCAUUGC